AUGUCUUCGGACGUCGAAACGAGCGACUCGGAGCGGGACAGAAGCAAACCACCCCCAGCACCUUUCUCCAGCAGCAAAUCGAAGUCCAAGAAGAAACGAAAGCCUCUCCCACCCCAAGAGACCAUCAACAAGAUAUGGUCACGCUUUUCGGCGCAGAAGUUCAGCAAGGCGACAGUUAUCCUUCCUUUCGCAUCUCAGUCUGCACAAAACCGCGAUGCAUCCAAACCUCCGAAACCUCCCCAACCCGAGCGAAACAACCUUCUCGUCUCCGAAGAUUACGAAAGAGCCGUGCAAGAAUGCCGGGCGAGGGUCAAGAAACUUAUAAAGGAAUGCAAGAGAGUUAAUAUGCGCUACCGCGAUCCGGACUUUGAUAUUGAUUGGGAUUUGAAAUGGGGGAAAGGAUAUUGCCUCAACAGCCUUGGAGACAAUAAGUUUGAAAUCGAUGGACCAGCUUUUUCCAACCCGACAUCGAACUCCCCCAAAGCUGUGAAGAGGGUUCACGAAAUAUUCGACAAGCCCACUUUCUUAAAGGAUAAGGUCGUACCUAGCGAUGUCAAGCAGGGGUCUAUAGGAGACUGUUGGCUGAUGGCUAGUUUGACGGCGCUGGCGAAUAUGGAUAUUGGAAUCAACCGGAUCUGCGUUGAAUGGGACACCAAAAUUGGCAUAUACGGUUUCGUAUUUCACCGAGACGGCGAGUGGAUCCAAGUUAUCAUCGAUGAUAAACUCUACUUGAAAUCACCGGAUUGGGACUCGCCAUCCGUCCAGCGCCAUCUAUUAGAACAGACUGAUAGAGAGGACGUUGAGACAGAGUAUCGGAAGACUUAUCAGACAGGAUCUCAGUCCUUGUUUUUCGCCCAUUGCCGAGAUUCAAACGAAACUUGGCUGCCUCUACUUGAGAAGGCUUAUGCCAAAGCUCACGGAGAUUAUUCUAGCUUGAAUGGUGGAUGGAUUGGUGAAGGGGUCGAGGACCUUACUGGCGGAGUAACGACCGAGCUGUUAACAUCCGAUAUCCUGGAUAGGGAUGAAUUUUGGGACAAUGAGAUUGUGAAAGUCAACAAAGAAUUUCUCUUCGGUUGCUCAACUGGCCUCCUCGAUGGAGGAUACGGCAGCAGAGAUGGUAUAUCCGAAUGCCAUGCCUACGUCAUUAUGGAGGCUCGAAAGUUGUCAACUGGACAACGAUUACUCAAACUUCGCAAUCCGUGGGGGAAGGGAAAGAAAGGGAAUUGGGAAGGAGCUUGGUCCGAUGGGAGCAAGGAAUUUACCCCGGAAGCCCAACGGGAACUGAACCAUAAGUUCGGUAAUGACAGCGUAUUCUGGAUCUCGUACGAAGAUCUUCUACGCAAAUAUCAGCACUUCGAUCGGACUCGACUCUUCAUGGACUGUCCCAAUUGGCGAAUAACCCAGAAAUGGAUUAGCGUCGACGUACCUUGGAAGGCCGAGUUCGAGCAAAAGUUCAAGAUCGUAUUGAUGAAGGAAUCGCCUGUCGUACUGGUAUUAAGUCAACUUGACGACCGCUAUUUUGAAGGCUUGCAAGGACAGUACACGUUCAGACUACAGUUCCGACUCCACGAAGUAAACUCGCCUGGAGAGGAUGACUACAUUGUUCGAAGCCACGGCAAUUACUUGAUGGAGCGAAGCGUCGUCACAGAGCUUAAGAGCUUGAAAGCUGGCACAUAUACGGUCUUUGUCAUGGUGGUGGCUGAUCGAAACACAAGCCGGUCCGCAGUGGAGGACAUUGUGAAAUCGCAGUGUCGGAGAAGAGUCGACAAUGAAAAGCUGGCUCAGGUGGGCAUGUCAUAUGAUAUUGCUCACAACAAGGGUGCGGCAUAUACGACGUCGAAAGCAGCUGCUAGAAAAGCCCAUAACAAGGUCAAGGCUCGAGAGUCUAGAAUCGCGACGAGGAGAAAGAACUGGGAGCGGAGACAGCUUAGCCGCGAGAUUGUAAGGAAGCAAGACAAGAAGAACCGAGAGAAGCGCGAGCAGAAAGAAGCGAAGAAUGUGGCCGAGGCUAAAGCCAAGGAGGAGAAGGAGCCGAAAGACAAAGCUAUCCAAACGGAUGAUAUCAAAGAAGUGGCUCUUGAAAUGGAGGACAAGGGAAUACAAACUGAGGACCGAAGCGCAUCGAGCGCCGAGUCCGACAAGACGGCUAUCCCGCCAAUAUUAGAGGCAGCGAACGAGACCGAUAAAGGGGUCCAGACCGACUACUUCUCCGCGUCCGAGUCUCCAGAUACUCCCGAGACACCAAAAAGCAGCUCAGUUGCAGGCUCCACAAGCCCGGUAACUCGAAUUCCGCGAAUGUAUCAUGGAGGUCCGCCUCCUCCCCCGCCUCCACAAUACAGAUCCGGUCGGAAGGGAUCCGUACCCGGUUAUACCCGUGGAGCUUCUCAACGCCAGCAGUACAUUAUUUCGGAUGGCGAGUCCAGUGCCAGUCCGAUAUCUGACUUCGAUGAUAUGUACAGCGACGAUGACCCCACGUUGAAGCCCAGAACUAUCAACACUACGGGUGCCUUACCCAAGUCGAAGGGCAAAGAUUCCGAUGAUGAAGAUGGACCUGAGCCUUGGAAUGCUGUUUGCAUCGUGGGAUUCAGAGUGUACAGCAAGGAUGAACACUUAGAAGUACGGAUUUCUGAGGAUGGUGAUGAUGAAACCGAGAUGGGAGAAACUUUGGCCCGAGAAGAUGAAGGUGGUGAAGCUGACGUUGAAGAUGGCGGAGAUGAGGUGAAAAGUGGAGAGAAAGAUGGCAAAAAGGAUGAUGAGAAUAUCCCCGAAACCAAGGUCGAUAAAUCGGACGAAAGCAGUCUGCCUAUUAAGGCAAAAGAAGAUGAACGACUCAUCUUGGUCGACGACGAGAAGAAAGCUCUUGCACUGGGCGCUGCAGAAACCUCCGCCACUACUGAGAAUAAUUUCGAAGCGGAAGUCGGCAAAACAGCACCUGUCGAAGAAAUAUCGACAGUGGCAGCGAGUAAGGAGAAAGAAAAGCAGGCUACUGCAGCUUCGUGA